AACAGAACGUAAGGUGCGUGUAGUUGAAAACCGAAUGAUGAUGGGUAGAGUGCUGCUACUUGUGGUCGCCUUGGCGACGUUGCUGGCGCUGUGCGCCGCCGCCCCCACGGACAACCGCCAACGGCGCCGCCCCACGUUUGACUGGAUGCUGAGGAAGCUCCGUCCCCCAAAAGUCACCUCCAGGGCUGGCAUCGAACAGCUGUGGUUCGAGCAAGUCUUGGACCACUUCGAUUCGACCAACACUGCAACCUGGAGACAGCUCUACUACCGCAGCGGCGAGUACUACAGGCCUGGAGGCCCCGUCUUCCUCUUCAUCAGCGGGGAGUCUGCAGCCAGUGAUACGUGGCUGGCUGGAGGCUACAUGUUCGACCUGGCUGUGCAGCACGGCGCCUACAUGUACGAACUGGAACACCGCUUCUACGGCUCCAGCAGGCCCACGCCUGACACGAGCUCGGCGAACCUGCGCUACCUGAACUCGACUCAGGCGCUGGAGGACCUGGCGUCCUUCAUCCGGCAGCAGCGCCAGGACAACCCUCAGCUAGGCGCCGCCAAAUGGGUGGUCUUCGGCGGUUCGUACGCCGGCAACCUGGCCGCCUGGGCGCGACUCCGCUACCCGGACAUCAUCGACGGAGCCGUCGCCUCCAGCGGACCCGUCCUCGCACAGGCCAACUUCCUAGAGUACCUGGAGGUCGUGACCGAGAGCAUGCAGACGUUCGACUCGGAGUGCGUCUCUGCAGUGGCUGAAGCCACGCAGGAGUUCGAGCAGCUGCUGCAGAGCGACGGCGGCGUGUCCGCCAUCAGCGAGCUGUUCGGGCUCUGCUCACCAUUGGACGUGUCCCAAGAAUACGACGUGGCGGGUCUGACCAGCUUCGCCGUUAACCUGUUCUCGGGGGCAGCGCAGUACAACUCGGUCUCCAGAAUCGGAAGCAGCACUGUGGAGCAGUACUGCGAGGAGCUGAGGAGCGCCAGCGGGAACUCGGCGCUGGAGCGCCUCACCAACUUCUUGGGAUUCGAUGACGCGUCAUCGUGCGUCGAUCCCGACUACGAAGCUUCUAUCGAGUACUACCAGAGCACUGAAUGGAGCGCUGACAUCACGCGCCAGUGGCUGUGGCAGACGUGCACAGAGUUCGGCUACUACCAGACCACGGACUCUGCCAACCAGCCGUUCGGCAACAGGAUGACGCUGUCUUACUUCACUGACAUGUGUGCCUUACUUUACGGCUCAGAGUACACGGCGGAGCGAGUGGAGGAAGGCGUGACGAACGCUAACUUGCUGUACGGGGGUCGCAACCCCGACGUCACCAACGUCGCCUUCGUGAACGGCGGCCUCGACCCGUGGCACGCACUCGGAGUGCUCGAGGACAUCAACGAAUCGUCUCCAGCCAUCAUCAUUGAGUACCAGUCUCACUGCUCGGACCUGUACUCCCCGUCACUUCUGGACAUCCCACAGCUGACGGCAGCACGAGAGAGGAUCGCAGAGCUGGUCGCUCAGUGGAUCAGCUAGGGUGCACACAGCAGGUCAAGAGUACUGAACAAAUGUGUAAUCAAUUACUACUAAUAAAGCAAGAAAUAAAAACUA